AGCUCCCUUCUUCUUUACUCUAAAACACACAAACACGGACGCAUUGCACUCAAUCCACAGAGCAAAAGAAAGAGCGAGAGAUGGGUACGCCGACUGAGAUAAUGGAGAGAGACGCAAUGGCUACGGUGGCUCCUUAUGCUCCCGUCACUUUUCAUCGCCGUGCUCGUGUUGACAUGGACGAUAGACUUCCUAAACCUUAUAUGCCAAGAGCACUGCAAGCACCCGACAGAGAGCAUCCGUAUGGAACCCCAGGCCAUAAGAAUUACGGACUAAGCGUUCUUCAGCAACAUGUCGCCUUUUUCGAUACAGAUGAUAAUGGCAUUAUCUACCCUUGGGAGACCUACUCUGGACUGCGAAUGCUUGGUUUCAAUUUCAUUGUAUCGCUUAUCGCAGCCGCUGUAAUCAACUUGGCCCUUAGCUAUGCUACUCUUCCGGGAUGGUUACCUUCGCCGUUCUUCCCUAUAUACAUACACAAUAUACACAAGUCAAAGCAUGGAAGCGACUCAAGAACAUAUGACAACGAAGGGAGGUUUAUGCCGGUGAAUCUUGAGUUGAUAUUUAGCAAAUAUGCGAAAACAUUGCCAGACAAAUUGAGUCUUGGAGAAUUAUGGGAGAUGACACAAGGACAACGUGACGCAUGGGACAUCUUCGGAUGGAUCGCAAGCAAAGUAGAGUGGGGGUUGUUGUAUUUGCUAGCAAGGGACGAAGAAGGGUUUCUGUCAAAAGAAGCGAUUAGGAGGUGUUUUGACGGGAGCUUGUUCGAGUACUGUGCCAAGAUAUAUGCAGGUAUCAAUGAAGACAAGACAGCCUACUACUAAAAAAGUAAAUGGUAGAGGCACUUUAGGCUGAUAAUAGAUCGAUGUGAAUGAAACUUGUGUCUAAAGCAAAGUCCAUGUGUUUGCUAUAUGUCAAAAUUAAGGUAAAAGUCUGUGUUGAAUAAUAUUAUGUUCCGUUGUUGUGUUUGUGUUUGUAUCAACCUGUUUCAGUUAUUUCCAGUUUAAAUGUAAUUGUUGCUUAACCA